AUGCCCGACUACUUGGGCACCCCCCUCUACGGCGGCGCGAUGGUCUGCGACCUGCCGGCAAAGUUCGCAGACGUCAGCAAGCUGCGCCAGGUCCCCGACAACCAGGAGGUCUGGAUCGACAAGGACGGCUUCACGAGCAUCAUCUUCGACAUCACCGAGCGGGUCGGUGGCCCUGGCUCCGGCCCCGAGAUCGACGGGCGUGCCAUGACGACGCACCUCGAGGACAUGGUUGGCUCCGACAUCGACACGGUCAAGAUCUGGAACACGGCCGAGACCGAGUUCACUCGCCUCGAGUCUAAACCGCCGGCAUACACACUUAUCGCGACCCAGACGCCCAAAGUCGGCCAGUCGCGCGACCAGACCUCCGCGCCCGACUUCACCGCCAUCAUCAUGACCCUGCUACGUCUCGAGCGCUACCAGACCGACAUACUCAUCACCAUAAACGUGCCGCACAUCAAGGGCGAGUACGACGAGGAAGACGUUGACCUCGAGCUGGGCAAGCAAGGCAAACUUAUCGGAGACGCCGUGGAGUACUCGGCUCGGAUCUGGGGGACGCUCAAAAUAAAGGACUGGGGCCUGUUCGGGGAGCACUGA